CUAUUAGAUGUACACAUCGCAUUUUCUUUAUUCAUAUCAACUAAACUCGAAUUCAACGAUUCUCUCAUCUUCGAAUCCUUCAUUAUCAUCCGUGAGACAUCAAACUAUCGAACCCCCAAGAAGCCCAUUCGAAGCUCUGUUUGCUCUUGCUCGCCAAAUCCCAACUACAAACCCUAGCUCAGUCUUUUGCGAUGAUUCCGUUCACUUCGACAUCUUCCUCACAGAUUGAGUAUAUACUGCAGAGUUCAAGGGAUACCGAUCCCCAAUCUGUAAUGGAUGCGCUCACCCAGUUUGCAGCGUAUGGAAUCGAGGGGAGAAAGCUGAUACUUGGAACCUUAUUUGAUCACCUUGAUAUUUAUGGAGAAGACCUGAAGAAUAAGCGAUUUGAUGAAGUCUAUGCUUCAAUUUUUAAGUUCAUCUUGAAUAAACCCGAUUUCAGCACUGUUUUCCGUGUGGUGGUAAGAGAUCUUACAAUCAAUGAAGAACUUCUAGAAAAUUUGUGUAAUGCAUUACAGUUGUCAGCAUUGGAGAGAAUUGAAGUUGGUCUGGCUUUGUCUGACUCUGACACUGCUGAUGUAAAAAUAUGUGGGAAAAGCUACUGCAUGCAUUGGAUUGUUGAGUUAUUCUCAAAUCAAAUGUCUUCAGAUUCUGUGGAACGAAUUCAGGAACAAAUUCAGAAGAUUUUAUGGAUUCUUAAUAAAUCUGAAGGCCUUUCCAAGCAUUUAGACUUGUUUAUUCACAUGCUGUCGCUUGUCGGAUUGAAAGGCGGGUCCCAAUUGAUUUUACCUCCAUUGCUUUCUAAUGAAGUUUGUGGAACCAACUUUUGGAGGAACUUUGAUUCUUUUAAUGAUGAUGGCGAAGAUGAUUUUGAUUCUCUGAUGAUAGAGACGGAAAAGGAGAUGAGCAUGGCUGAUAUAAUGAAGGAUUUAGGUUAUGGAUGCACGGCGAAUGCCAUGCAAUGCAGAGAAAUCUUAUCUCUCUUCUUACCCUUGACAGAAAUUACUGUUGCAAGGGUACUUGGGAUGAUUAUGCGCACCUAUUCAGGACUGGAGGAUACUAUGAAUAUAUUUUCAACAUUUGGAGCUGCUUUUGGAAGUACUAAUGUGAAUGAUUUACCUUCGCCAAGUUCAUGGGAUGCUGAUAUACUCAUGGAUGCUAUCAAGAUGCUAGCUCCUGGGCUAAAUUGGGCAAUUGUUAUAAAAAAUCUAGAUCAUGAUGGGUUCUAUGUCUUCAAUGAAACAGCAUUUUCCUUCCUCAUGUCCAUGUAUAAAUGUGCUUGCCAGGAUCCCUUCCCUCUCCAAGCUGUCUGUGGUUCUGUCUGGAAGAAUUCUGAGGGACAGCUAUCAUUUCUGAGUCAUGCUGUCUUGGCUCCUCCUGAAGUAUUUACCUUUGCUCAUUCCGGGAGGCAACUGGCAUAUGUAGAUGCUGUCAAUGACAACAAGUUUCAACUUGGGCAUUCAAAUCAUGCUUGGUUGUGUCUUGAUCUUUUGGAAGUCUUGUGCCUGCUUGCUGAGAGGGGACAUGCAAGCUAUGUUCGAUCUAUUAUUGAGUACCCUCUUAAGAACUGCCCUGAAAUCUUACUUCUUGGCAUGUCACAUAUUAAUACUGCAUAUAAUCUUCUUCAUCACGAAAUUUCUUCAGCAGUUUUCCCUAGAAUGUUGAAAAAUGCUCUUCGGAUGGGCAUGAUCCAUUAUUUAUGGCAUGUCAAUCCAAACAUUUUGGUGAGGGGGUUUAUAGAUGCUAUAGCAAUUGAUCCAGACAAUAUUAGCAGAGUUUUGGAGGCCUGUCAAGAACUAAAGAUUGUUUCACCAGUGUUAGAUAUGCUCCCUUCUAAUAUUGGCAUUAGACUUGCUGCUGUAGCUUCUCAGAAAGGGCUCAUAGAUCUUGAGAAAUGGUUGAGCACCAACUUAAGUAUAUUUAAGGAUGAGUUUUAUGAGGUAUGCUUAAAGUUUCUAAAGGAGGUUCAACUCGGUGUUCAUGAUGUCUCGGCUAACUGCUUUCAUCCCCCAGCUGUUCUUUCAAAUAUUUAUUUGGAAGCUUCAUCCGUGUUCAUUAAGAUUCUUCAGUCUCACAUGGAGUUAAUUUCCUCUCCUCACUUACCCAAGGAAUUGGAAAAGCUGAACAUGACAUUAGUGAAUUCUAACUCAAGGUCCAAGACUGUUAGCGCUAACUCUUCAACCUCAGAAGCUCAUGCCGAUGACAUUGAAGCAGAAGUGAACUCAUAUUUCCAGCAAAUGUUUCAUGAAGAACGGUCGAUUGACUCAAUUAUUCAAAUGCUUGCUCGGUUCAAAGAAUCCUCUGAUAAAAGGGAACAAGCAGUUUUUGAAUUUAUGAUUGCCAAUCUUUUUGAGGAAUAUAAAUUUUUCUCAAAAUAUCCAGACAAACAGCUUACAAUUGCUGCUGUUCUCUUCGGAUCGCUUAUCAAGCAUCAGCUUGUAACACAUCUUACUCUUGGAAUUGCCUUGCGGGCUGUUUUGGAUGCUUUGCGAAAACCCGCUGAUUCAAAAAUGUUUUCUUUUGGCAUUAAGGCUCUGGAUCAGUUCCGAGAACGUUUAAUUGAGUGGCCACAAUACUGCAAUCACAUUUUACAAAUAUCCCAUCUCCGUGCGAAUCAUUUGGAUAUUGUUCUAUACAUUGAGCGGGCACUUGCAAGAAUCUCAUCUGCACAUUCCGAGUCUGAGAUAAGCCAUAUUGCUGUUACUGACCAGAUUCCGGGAUAUAUCCAGCCUUCUACAUCGAAUAUGGAGGGUCCUACAUAUUCAUUGAGUGCACCUGCUAGCUCCCAAGCAGGCAUGCAAGUGCCAUCUGCAGUUUUACUUCCUCCAAGACAGCAGAGCACUUUGGAGGAGAGAAAAACCACAGCUGUCCCUGUCCAAAUGAAAAACGUAUCAUCCACUGGUCCAGUGGCUGUUCCUUCAAGCGAGGCAUCUAAUAUUCCAAAGCCACAGAUUUCGCUCAGUUCUUCAGCAGCGCUCACCGUAUCCCCGGGUUUUACUCGUCCAUCACGGGCAAACUCAACAAGGUUUGGAUCUGCAUUAAAUAUUGAAACACUUGUUGCUGCUGCUGAGAGAAGAGUAACACCAAUAGAGGCACCAGCCUCAGAAGUGCAGGAUAAAGUGUCAUUUAUCAUUAAUAACUUGGCCAUUCAAAAUGUUGACACAAAAGCAAAAGAAUUUGCUGAAAUAAUAAAAGAGCAGUAUUACCCCUGGUUUGCUCAGUAUAUGGUGAUGAAAAGAGCUAGUAUUGAGCAAAAUUUUCAUGACUUGUACUUGAAGUUCUUAGACAAGGUGAACUCAAAGGCCUUGUUCAAAGAAGUUGUCGAAGCUACCUAUGAAAACUGCAAGGUUCUGUUAGGAUCAGAGCUUAUAAAGUCAAGUUCAGAGGAACGUUCAUUGCUAAAAAAUCUAGGAAGUUGGCUAGGGAAGAUAACAAUUGGCAGGAAUCAAGUUUUGCGUGCUAGGCAUAUUGAUCCAAAGCCUUUGAUCAUAGAGGCUUAUGAAAAAGGCCUAAUGAUUGCAGUUAUUCCGUUUACCUCGAAGAUAUUGGAACCAUGUCAGAACAGCAUCGCAUAUCAGCCCCCUAAUCCAUGGACAAUGGGUAUACUUGGAUUACUUGCUGAGAUUUACACAAUGCCGAAUUUAAAGAUGAACCUCAAAUUCGAUAUUGAGGUGCUGUUCAAAAACCUUGGCGUAGACUUGAAAAAUGUAGUGCCAACUUCUCUGCUUAAAGACAGGAUUAGAGAAGUUGAAGGGAAUCCUGAUUUUUCAAAUAAAGAUGUUGGAUCUUCUCAGCCCCCGAUGGUUACUGAUGGCAAAUCAGGAAUUACACCUACCCCUAAUCCGGUUGAAUUACCGGCUGAGGCAUCAAAUCCAUCUCAUCCUGGCAGUCAUCCAAGAUUAUUAUCUCAGUAUGCUCCUCCACUCCAUCUUCCAUCUGCAACACUUAUGGAGGAUGAAAAGCUCGUAGGUUUUUCUGACCAGCGUCAAGUCCUCUUGCAAGGGCAGACACCAUUUUCUGUUAGUCAGCUUCCUGCACCCACAUCUAAUAUUGAACAGCAAGUAAUCAUCAACCCAAAGCUUCGUGCUUUGGGCAUGCAUUUACAUUUUCAAAGUGUGCUUCCCACUGCCUUGGAUAGAGCUAUGAAGGAGAUAGUUACUAGCAUUGUGCACCGUAGUGUUUCUAUAGCUACUCAAACAACAAAGGAACUUGUUUUGAAGGACUAUGCCAUGGAGUCUGAUGAGACCCGAAUACGUAAUGCUGCACACCUGAUGGUUGCUAGUUUAGCAGGAAGUCUCGCUCAUGUGACAUGCAAGGAACCUUUACGUGGUUCAAUAUUGAGCCAGCUUCGAAGUAUGCUCCAGGGAUUAAAUAUAGCUAAUGAGAUCCUUGAACAAGCUGUUCAACUAGUGACUAAUGACAACCUAGACCUUGGUUGUGCGUUUAUCGAGCAAGCUGCAACUGAGAAGGCAAUACAAACAAUUGAUGAAACUAUUGCUCAACAGCUUGCGAUGAGGAAGCACAGAGAGGGUCCUACAUUCUUCGAUUCAGGUCUCUAUACUCCAGGGCAUUUAGGAGUUUUACCUGAGGCUCUACGUCCUAAACCUGGCCGUUUGUCUCAUUCUCAACAACGAGUUUAUGAGGAUUUUGUUCGUUUGCCUCUGCAAAAUCAAUCUGGGCAAAGCUCAAAUGCUUUGCCUGUUGGUCCUUCUCCUUCACCAAGUAGCAGUGCUGUGUCUCGGGCUUAUAUGACUGGUUCUGCUCAGAUGAAUGCUGGAAUUUAUUCAGCUGGCCUUGUUAAUGCAGGAAUUGCUUCCAUGCCUCAGUCGUUAGAUAUUGGUACAGAAGAUACGGACAUUAGUUCAUCCCAGUUGCAUAGUGCUUCAUCACCUAACAUUGGGAUUGGUGAUUGUGGUUUUGAAAAUGACACUAUUACACAAUAUUGUCCAGCAUCUACGUCUGACCUGCAGCCUGCUGAACAGUCUAAUGUUGUAAAGGAGUUAGGUCGUUCGGCACAGGCACCAAAUCUAAUAGCGACUGUUGAGCGUCUGGGGAGCAGUAUGUCGGAGCAACUAUUGACCACAGGAGAUGCAAUGGAUAAAUACCAGAUUGUUUUAGAGAAGCUUGAAAGCCUGGUGUCUUCUGAUGCUAAAGAAGCAGAAAUUCAGAGUGUUAUUACUGAAGUUCCUGCAAUAAUUCUUAGAUGCAUUAGUCGAGAUGAGGCAGCCCUCGCCAUGGCUCAAAAGGUGUUCAAAGGAUUGUAUGAAAAUGCAUCAAACAGUGUGCAUGUUAAUGCUCACCUGGCAAUUCUGAUGGCUAUUCGUGAUGUCAGUAAGCUCGUUGUUAAAGAGUUGACUAGCUGGGUGACGUACUCUGAUGAGGAGUGGAAGUUCAACAAGGAAAUUACUUUUGGUCUUAUACGGAGUGAACUAAUUAACCUUGCUGAGUACAAUGCUCAUAUGGCAAAACUUCUUGAUGCAGGAAGAAAUAAGGCUGCGACUGAGUUCGCCAUAUCUCUUAUACAAACUUUAGUGAUGAGUGAAUCCAGAGCAAUAUCUGAGCUACAAAACAUUGUGGAUGCACUUGCAAAGCUUGCCGCCAGACCUGGUUCUCCUGAAUCUUUAAAACAGCUGGUUGAGAUGGCUAAAAUUCCUCCGGUUAGUGCUGCUGGUUUGGCCUGUGGGAAGGAGGAUAAUAUACAACAGUUAAUAGACAAAAAGGCUGUUGUAGUUCCAGUAUCUAGAAAUGACAUUUGCUCUGAAUCCGUGGAGCCUGACCCUGCUGAAUUUCGUGAACAAGUCUCCAUGUUAUUCGCUGAAUGGUACCGAAUAUGUGAACUUCAUGGUGCAAGUGAAUCUGUGUAUGCACACUAUGUUACGCAACUGCACCAGAGUGGCUUAUUAGAAGGGGAUGAGGCCUCAGAUCGCUUCUUCCGCUUGCUCAUGGAACUCUCAGUUUCACACUGCUUGUCAUCUGAGGUUAUUAGUUCAAGUCCUCAAUCACAUCAUGUGCAACCUCUGUCAUUCCUUGCUAUUGAUAUUUAUGCUAAAUUGGUGUAUUCUGUUCUGAAGUUUUAUCCUGCGGAUCAAGGAGUGAGUAAACUUUCCCUUUUGCCGAAGGUCCUUGCAGUAACAGUCAAGUUCAUUCAGAAAGAUUCUGAAGAAAAGAAGGCUUCCUUUAAUCCCAGACCAUAUUUUAGACUAUAUAUUAAUUGGCUCUUGGAUUUCUGUUCAUUAGAGCCAGUUUUUGAUGGUGCAAACUUUCAGGUUCUGACUGCUUUAGCAAAUGCUUUCCAUGCCCUUCAACCCCUCAAGGUUCCUGGAUUCAGCUUUGCCUGGCUUGAGCUGGUUAGUCACAGGAGUUUCAUGCCAAAACUACUCACCGCAAAUGCUCAGAAAGGAUGGCCUUACUUUCAGCGAUUGCUGGUCGACCUAUUUCAGUUCAUGGAGCCAUUUUUGAGGAAUGCUGAACUUGGAGAAGCGGUUCAUUUCCUAUAUAAAGGGACACUCAGGGUGCUGUUGGUUCUCCUUCAUGACUUUCCGGAGUUCCUUUGUGACUAUCAUUUCAGCUUCUGUGAUGUAAUCCCCCCAAGCUGCAUACAGAUGCGAAAUAUUAUUCUCAGUGCAUUCCCUCGCAAUAUGAGGCUACCUGAUCCUUCCACUCCUAACCUGAAGAUUGAUCUACUGGCAGAGAUAAGUCAAUCUCCACGGAUUCUUUCUGAAGUUGAUGCUGCUCUUAAAACAAAGCAGAUAAAGAGUGACAUAGAUGAAUACUUGAAGACAAGGCAACAUGGGUCUCUGUUUCUUGGUGAGUUGAAGCAAAAAGUGUUACUCUCUCCUGCAGAGUCUGCCCGUGCAGGGACUCGUUACAAUGUCCCUCUCAUUAACUCUCUUGUUCUUUAUGUUGGGAUGUUGGCUAUACAACAGCUGCAAGCAAGAACUGCAUCUCAUUCACAGGCAAUGACAAGCAGUGUUUCAUAUCCUGUUUUCUUAGUGGGGGCUGCUCUGGACAUAUUUCAGUCAUUUAUAAUGGACUUGGAUACUGAGGGUCGCUACCUCUUCUUGAAUGCGGUUGCUAAUCAAUUGCGAUAUCCAAACAAUCACACACAUUACUUCUCAUUCAUCCUCCUCUACCUUUUCUCCUCCGAACCAAAUCAGGAAGUGAUCCAAGAACAGAUCACAAGAGUCCUGUUGGAGCGCCUAAUUGUCAACAGACCUCAUCCCUGGGGUCUUCUGAUCACUUUCAUUGAGCUGAUAAAGAAUCCUCGAUAUAACUUCUGGAGCAGGUCAUUCACCAGGUGUGCGCCCGAAAUUGAGAAACUUUUUGAAUCAGUUUCGAGGUCAUGUGGAGGGCCUAAGCCGGUAGACGAUAGUGUUGUAUCAGGUGGGAUGCCAGAGAACAUGCACUAAUAUAUACGGCUUCCAAGAUGAAUUAGAUGAGGGUUUAGUCUCUUCCAUUUUGCUUCUCCUAUUGGUGCUCGCUAGGAUAUGCAUUUGCGUUGGAGUGCAGUUCAAUGUGUACCUUUUUUCAAUUUCCUAACGCCAAAAGGCUGUAGCAUUAUAUUAUGAAUUAUUCCAGUAAUGGUCUCUUUUUUGGGCCUAAAAAAUGUCUUCAAGACCUCAACUACCGGAGUCCGGCUAAAGUGUUAGUCAGUAGGCAUGGACCCGGGUUGGUCCGGUCCCAGUUCUGGACAGGUACUUUUUGCACCGAAUUUGGUCCCCAAAUCAUUGAAUCGGGACCUGGUAUCCUAUACACUAAUACACCUGGUCGGGUAACCGGUCUUCACCCUAAACUGGAAAAAUGGACCCGGUCCUGCACAGCGCCAGACCUUGUUCUGGACCGGGCUGGACAAACAUACCGGGUCCAUGCCUAUGUGAAACUCUGCCAACCUGGGUUCACCACUGAUGUUAAGGGAUUAUUUUAAAUAAAGCUUCAGAUCUAUGUUUGCGAA